AAGUCCCAGAAGUUGUUGUGAGCCGACUGACCCUGAGGGAUCUCGUUGUGAGGUUCCGGCUUGACGGCGUGAAUCACAUCCGGGAAUUUGAUCGCGUCCUGAAUGAAGAAGACGGGCAUGUUGUUGCCGACGAUAUCCCAGUUACCCUCGGCGGUAUACAUCUUCACGGCGAACCCGCGAACAUCCCGCACGGUGUCCGCGCUACCCUUGCUACCUUGCACGGUCGAGAAGCGCACGAACACGGGCGUCUCCCGGGAAGUGUCCGUCAAUACCCCGGCUGUGGUGAGCUCGGGAAUAGCCUUGUGCAGGGUGAAAGUACCAAAGGCGCCAGCGCCUCGGGCAUGGACUACACGUUCGGGGAUACGUUCAUGAUCAAAGCGCAUGAUCUGAUGAUCAAAUCAGGACUCCUCUCUGCGCAGUAAGCUUAGGUUGAGCGACUCACCUUCUCCCUGGCAAUCGGAUCCUCCAACAGCGAAGGCCCCGUCCUCUUGGAGUCGGCUACACGAAGCC